UGCUCUGAACUCCAGAGGUUAAACACUGUAUGCUGUAGUUAUACACGUGCUUGUUAAACACACUUUUAAGUUUGAUAUUUCAAAAAAGUCCAAGUUUUUUUGUGCGCGAGUUAUUUGAAAGUAACGUGAGUGUUACCAAUUUUUUCGAGUUAAAAAAGUUUCCGUCAAAAUGAAUUUCAAUAUGCAUGCCAUGAAUGACCCAGCUGCUGCUUUGGCUGGGAUGCUACCAUUUGAUCCGAUUGGAUUAUAUGAACCACAAAAACCACGAUUUAUUUUUAAAAUGCCACGUGUAGUGCCUGAUCAAAAAGCAAAAUUUGAAUCGGAUGAAUUGUUUCGAAGAUUAAGUCGCGAAAGUGAGGUCCGAUAUACUGGCUACCGUGAUCGACCAUCUGAAGAACGGCAAGUCCGAUUUCAAAAUGCUUGCCGUGAAGGUCACACAGAAAUUGCAUUCGCAGCUACAGGAACAAAUUUACAAUUGGUAUUUGCCCCAGCAACAACAAAUGGUUUUGCAACGCCCAUUGAUCGCGAAUGCGAUUUUGAUAAAGAACACGGCAAAGUUCAUAUACGAUCACAUCUAAUUAUGAAUGGUGUAUGUGUUCGUUGGCGUGGUUGGAUCGAUUUAGAACGUUUAGAUGGUGUUGGAUGUUUGGAAUUUGCUGAAGAACGUGCUGCUCAAGAAGAUGCCCUAUUACGAGAACAAAUUGAACGUUAUAAUCAACGUUUACGUGAUUUUGAAGAUAAACAACGAGCUUAUCGAGGACAACAUGAAAGAGCUGAUCAAGAGUUAGAGUUACGUAUGUCAAGCUUACAUGGAGGUCACCACGCAGGUCAUCAUGGUGUUAGUGGUGGAAAUACAGGACAUCAUCCCGGCGCUGGAGUAACAAGUCGAUGUCAUGGACCAGUACCACCACGUCAUGGACUAUCACUGCAAGGCCGAAAGAAGAAUGAUUUAAAUCAUGGACAUCAUAAUUAAUAAUAAAGUUAUAAAAUUAAUUAAAA